AUGAAGUACAUUGGAUCCUGCAUAGUUUGGCUUUGUAUGGCAGUCUUCCUUCUCUUUCCUGUUUCUACUUCUGUGGCUGUCAGUGACCAGACAGGUGCUGUGUGUCCUUUAAUGAAAACAGUUGUCCAUCAUCUCAAACAAAUCAACAGAGACAGUCUUGGUGUUUCAGGGUUUGAUCUGGCAGAAAGCUUUUCUUUGAGGCAAACGUCUUGUGGAGGGGAAAAAAUCUGUUUUAAACUGGGAAGCGCACCUCUCGUCAGAGACACAAAGCAAGUUUUUCCAGAUGGGCUUCCUGAAGAAUACUCUCUAGUUGCUACGUUCCGUGUACGGCGAAAUACCAAGAAAGAGCGUUGGUAUAUAUGGCAAGUUUUAAAUCAGUAUGACACACCUGAGAUCUCCGUCCUUCUGGAUGGUACAAAAAAGGUUGUGGAGUAUAUGACCAAAUCUGCUCAGGGAAAUAUACUGCAUUACACUUUUAAGAAUCGAGAGAUUUAUCCAUUGUUCGAUCGGCAGUGGCAUAAGCUUGGUAUUAGUGUGCAGUCGGGGAUCAUUUCCCUCUAUUUGGAUUGUAAUUUAAUUGAAAGAAAGCAGACUGAUGAAAAAUUCACCAUUGACUUGCAGGGAAGGACUCUGAUUGCUUCUCGCGCUGCAGAUGAUAAGCCCGUAGAUAUUGAACUUCACCGCAUAACAGUUUAUUGUAAUCCAAAUCUUGCAACAGAAGAUACGUGUUGUGAAAUAUCUGCAGACCUGUGCCCACGUGAGGAGAGGUUACUUGCUACGACUUCAUCACCAGUGACUGUUCAUGCCAGCAAAAUAUACACGCUUCCAGGAAUGCAGCAAGAAUCUAGAGAGAGAUGCCACUGCUUUCCAAAUAAAGGAGAAGCAGGAUUGCCAGGAGUAGCUGGUUUGCCAGGCCAGAAAGGAGAUAAAGGUGAAAAGGGGGAAGCUGGCUUAGUAGGUGCUCCUGGCAUACCUGGUCUUACUGGUUCCAAGGGUGAACGUGGCUUUGUGGGUAGUAAAGGUGAAGAAGGUGAAAAGGGUGAAAAAGGAGAUAAAGGAGAACCAGGACCAGAAGGCAUUCAUGGAAGAGAGGGACUAAAAGGUGACCCUGGUAGUCCUGGUAUGGCUGGACCUAAAGGAGAAAAGGGAGAUGCAGGACCUCCAGGACCAGCUGCCUUGAGUGGUUUGCCAGGGCUGGAGGGUCCCCAAGGUCCACCUGGCAAAGAAGGUCAAAGGGGAAGACGAGGCAAACCAGGCCUCCCAGGAAAACCGGGGCCACCAGGACCUCCUGGUCCUUCUGGACUAAAAGGAAUUCUGGAUUCAUUGAACAAGCAUUAUAAUGAGAGUGAUGCAAGACUACUAGGAUUACUUGGGACCCCUGGACCUAAAGGCCAGAAGGGAGACAUUGGUCAAAAAGGAGAAUUGGGAAUGACCGGCACAAAAGGAGAAAAGGGAGAGCCUUCUGAAAAAGGGGACAAGGGAGAUCCAGGAGAAACUGGAAUGGAGGGAUCAAAAGGAAAUAAGGGUGAAACAGGAGACCCUGGACCACCUGGUCUUAUUGGAAAUCCAGGAUCAAAGGGACUGCAAGGACCCCCAGGACCUGUCGGACCCAGGGGACUGCCAGGAGAAGUUGGCUUACCAGGAGAGCAUGGGGUACCAGGAAACCCAGGAGUUAAAGGUGACAAGGGGGACCCUGGUGGGAUUAUGGGACCACCUGGACAUCCAGGUCCAAAAGGUGAUGUGGGACCUCCUGGACUAAGUCUGCCUGGAACACCAGGUCCCACUGGUAUCCCUGGAAACCCAGGUCCGCGGGGACCAAAGGGAGAAAGAGGACUACCUGGUGUACAAGGAGCACCUGGGGAGAUGGGGCCCCCUGGAAUAGGCAUUCAGGGAUCACCAGGUCCUAUAGGUCCAACUGGAUCAGCAGGUGUGCAGGGCCCUAGGGGACCCCCAGGAUUACCAGGAACUCCAGGUACCCCUGGUAUCAAUGGCACUCCAGGAAGAGAUGGAAAGCCAGGACUACCAGGCCCUCCAGGUGAUCCUAUUGCGCUGCCACUUGUGGGAGACAUGGGUGCUAUACUGAAGGGUGAUCCCGGCACAAGAGGUCCUCCAGGCAUCCCUGGUAGAGAAGGGCCAAAGGGAAGCAAAGGUGAACGUGGAUUUCCUGGGCUUGCUGGAGAGAAGGGCGAUGAGGGCCUUCAAGGUGCUCCUGGACUGCCAGGCAUACCGGGACCCAGUGGACCAUCUGGAGCCACAGGAAGACCUGGACAUCCCGGUCCAGCAGGGUCAAAAGGCGAAAAGGGUAGUGAAGGUUCUCCUGGGAAACCUGGACCACCUGGGCCUCCGGGUAUGCCUUACAAUGAAAGAAAUGGAAUGAGCAGCUUAUAUAAACUCCAGGGAGGUGUGAGUGUCGCUAGUUAUCCAGGUCCACCAGGACCUCCAGGUCCGAAAGGAGAUCCUGGCACAGUGGGAGACCCAGGACCGAUGGGAUUACCAGGACUGGAAGGACUCCCAGGGGAAAAGGGUGACCGUGGACCAGCUGGCACGCCAGGAGUAGCAGGGACACCGGGAAAGACGGGAUCUCCCGGGUCCCCAGGGAUGCCAGGGGAACCUGGUGACAGAGGACCUAUAGGAGAUAUAGGCUUCCCUGGGCCAGAAGGGCCACAAGGAAAACCAGGAAUCAAUGGAAAAGAUGGAUUGCCAGGUCUUCCGGGUGCUGUGGGGAGACCAGGAGACAGAGGACCCAAAGGAGAACGUGGGGAUCAGGGUAUUCCAGGGGACAAAGGUCCACAAGGCGAACGAGGGAAACCUGGCCCAUCAGGAGAAAAGGGGGAUGUGGGUCCUAUUGGGCCACCGGGAGACAGAGGCUAUCCAGGAUCACCAGGUCAUCAAGGUCCCCCGGGUUCACCAGGACCCCCAGGGUUUCCAGCUGAUACUGUUUCACUUGAAGAAAUAAAAAAAUAUAUCAAACAAGAGGUUCUUAAGGUUUUUGAAGAAAGGAUGGCUCAGUUUGUAUCCCAGCUGAAGCUGCCUGCUGCAAUGCUUGCCUCCCAAGCCCAUGGAAAACCAGGGCCCCCAGGAAAAGAUGGGUUACCAGGGCCACCAGGAAAGGAUGGUUUGCCAGGACCACCCGGAGAUCGUGGAGUUCAAGGUUAUAGAGGACAGAAAGGGGAAAGAGGCGAGCCUGGAAUUGGACUGCCCGGUAACCCUGGACCACCCGGCCCUGCAGCUACUGGCCUGCCAGGCCCACCGGGAACACCAGGCUCACCCGGACCGCAGGGGCCACCUGGACCCAACGGAAGAUGCAAUCCGGCAGAUUGCUAUUACCACGUAUCACAGGCUCGGUCACGCACCAGCGGGAAAUAA